GCUUCCUGAAAAUUCUCUUAUUUCGCUUAUUAAAAGAGAUGAUUUACAAAUGAGAGAAAUCGAAAUUUGGGAACAUGUAUUAAAAUGGGGCCUUGCACAGAAUCCUACACUUAUCCCAGAACCUAAUACCUGGUCAGACAAUGAUUUUAAAACAAUGGAAAAUACUUUGCAGCAUUGUUUACCUUUAAUUAGAUUUUUUAGCCUUUCAUCUGCAGAUUUCUUUCAAAAAGUCCGACCCUAUAAAAAAAUUUUGAAACAUCAACUCUACGAAGAAUUAUUAGGAUCAUACUUAGAUUAUAAUAAUGAACCAAGUAAUAAUAUAUUACUUCCUAGACACAGAAAUAUUGAUGGAAUAAUUAAUUCAAAUAUUGUUAAUCUGAAUAUUGCUUCAUUAAUUUCAAGGUGGAUCGAUAAAAAAGAUAUUGAAAGCAAAUAUGCUUAUACAAGAGAAUUAUAUUUACCAUAUAAAUUUAAAUUAUUAUUAAGAGGAAGUAGUGAUGGAUUUACCCCUAAAAAAUUUCAUGAAUUAUGUGAUAAUAUACCUUAUACUGUUACAUUUAUUAAAAUAAAAGGAACAGAAGAAAUUAUUGGAGGAUAUAAUCCUUUGAUCUGGAAAUCGCAUCAUAAUGCAGAGUAUGGUAAAACAAAAGAUAGCUUUAUAUUUUCUUUUAAAAGCAAAAAUGAUUUUAAAGAUCCAAUUUUAAGUCAUGUAAACAAUACGGAUUAUGCAGUAGGUUAUCAUAAUAGAAGUGGUCCUUCAUUUAAUGAUGAUAUUUGUUUGGUUGUGAAAGAGAAGAAUGAUUCAAAAAGUUAUGAUUUCAAUAAGUGUAUGCAAUCAUCUUAUGAAAAAAAAAUAAGAGAUACGGAGGAUGAAUUUUUAAUAAAUAAUUAUGAAAUAUUUCAGAUAACAAAAAAAGAUAGUACUUAGUAUUAUUUAUGAAGUU